UUUGUUAUGUUGCUAAAAUACCAAUGUUGACAAUCAGAGCCUUUCGUAGGCGCUGGAUUUUUGCCAUUUUCCUCAUUAUUUUAGCAUUAUUCCUUUUGUUUCAAGUUUUUAAUGAGACCCAAUCAGCCAAUGCCAGUGUGUAUGAAGUCCAGCACACUCUCUUAAGACAACCUUUCCAGUGGCACCCCAAAGUGAGCGAUGUAGUUGGUGAAAGCUCUAACAUCACAGUGUGCAGAAAUUCUGUCCAGGGUCGGCAGCUUAUUGUUGAUGAGCGAGGUUAUAUUUGUUAUCACGAGGGACUAACGUCAGGUGGUUGUUGCUCCGCCCAGCUCGGUGUAUCUAGAUACAACUGCUCCACUUGCAAGAACAACGGCUGCUGUUAUGUGUAUGAGCACUGCAUUUCCUGCUGCUUGGAACCACAGAAGAAACCAAUUCUUCAAAGGAUUUUGCAAGAGGCUAGAGAUAACAAAGAAAAGCUGUUGGUUUCUGUUUCGGACCCAUUUGAACUCUGCUUAGCGAAAUGUAGAACUUCAUCUAAGAGUGUUCAGCAUGAGAACUCCUAUAGAGAUCCCUCGGCUAAAUACUGUUAUGGAGAGGACCCCCCUGAACUGCAGCUGGUGGCCACAUGACCGUCACAUGAUUAGCACAUGACCGUCACAUGAUUAUCACAUGACCAUCACAUGAUUAUCACAUGAUAUUGCUUGUAUUAUCACAUAACCAGAAACUUCACUGAAACCAUAUCAGCAAUAAGCAUUCACAGAAAUAUAUGUAAAAACGGUCUAUGUCAUUUUGAAAUUAUUAUCGUCUUUGAUUAAAAUCAUUUGUUUUAUGUGCAUCUUUUUGUGUAAACAUACUUGUUAGCUUAAUGUAAAUUUGUUAAGUACUCCAGUGAUCUGUAAUGUAGUAACAUGUAGUUUUCUAACAUUUUUAAUUGAAAUGUCUGUGAUAUGUACAUAGAUUUGUCAUUCAUUUAUGCUUCAUUCAUUUAUGAUUAUGAAAAGAAUAAUAUUUGAAUGCCAUAAAAUAUAUAAUGAA